CCCCCUCCCAUCCUCCUCCCCGUCCGUCUCCGCUUCCUGCGUGCGUGGGCCCGGAGCGGGCGGGGCUUCCGGGAGCGCGGGCGCCGUCGGGGUUGAUAAGGCGGAACGGGGAGGGGGGGGGAGCCCCACCGCUACCGGGAUGAGCGACGGCAGCCGGGCGGGCCUGAGGCGUCCAUGACAGGUCGUCUCUGCUCUCGCUGCUCCUCCCGCUGCCGCCGGCGUUAGCCGCUUCCCCAGUCCUGCGGCAGAAAGGGGGUUAGAGCCCACGGCACCACCAUGAAUGAAGUGUCAGUCGUGAAGGAGGGCUGGCUGCACAAGAGAGGGGAAUACAUCAAAACAUGGCGACCCCGGUAUUUCCUGCUGAAAAGUGAUGGCUCCUUCAUUGGCUACAAGGAACGGCCAGAGACGUCCGACCACAGCUUGCCACCUCUGAAUAACUUCUCCGUGGCAGAGUGCCAGCUGAUGAAGACUGAGCGGCCUCGGCCCAACACCUUUGUCAUCCGAUGCUUGCAGUGGACGACAGUCAUUGAGAGGACUUUCCACGUGGACUCUCCCGAAGAGCGUGAGGAGUGGAUGCGAGCUAUCCAGACAGUAGCAAACAGCCUGAAGAACCAGGAACCAGAGACGGACACAAUGGAUUACAAGUGCGGAUCUCCUAGUGACAGCACCGGUGCUGAGGAGAUGGAGGUGGCUGUCGGCAAAACCCGCACCAAGGCUACCAUGAAUGAUUUUGAUUACCUGAAGCUCCUGGGAAAGGGUACUUUUGGCAAAGUCAUCCUGGUGCGGGAAAAGGCCACUGGCCGCUAUUACGCCAUGAAGAUCCUACGGAAAGAGGUCAUCAUUGCAAAAGAUGAGGUGGCGCACACUGUUACAGAGAGCCGGGUACUGCAGAACACCAGGCACCCCUUCCUUACUGCGCUGAAAUACGCCUUUCAGACAAACGACCGGCUGUGCUUUGUCAUGGAGUAUGCCAAUGGUGGAGAGCUGUUUUUCCACCUCUCGAGAGAACGCGUCUUCACGGAAGACCGAGCCCGUUUCUACGGUGCAGAAAUAGUCUCUGCGCUGGAGUACCUGCACUCCCGGGAUGUGGUGUACAGGGACAUUAAGCUGGAAAACCUCAUGCUGGACAAAGACGGCCACAUCAAAAUCACCGACUUUGGGCUCUGCAAGGAAGGCAUCACGGAUGGAGCCACCAUGAAGACUUUCUGUGGCACUCCUGAGUACCUGGCUCCGGAGGUCCUGGAGGACAACGAUUACAGCCGCGCCGUGGACUGGUGGGGUCUGGGUGUCGUCAUGUAUGAGAUGAUGUGCGGUCGCCUCCCCUUCUACAACCAGGACCACGAACGUCUCUUCGAGCUGAUCCUCAUGGAGGAGAUUCGCUUCCCUCGUACCCUCAGCCCCGAGGCCAAAUCCUUGCUGGCCGGGCUGCUCAAGAAGGAUCCCAAACAGAGGCUCGGUGGAGGUCCCAGCGAUGCCAAGGAGGUGAUGGAGCAUCGCUUCUUCGCCCCCAUCAACUGGCAGGACGUGGUUCAGAAGAAGCUGGUCCCGCCAUUCAAGCCCCAAGUGACGUCUGAGAUCGACACACGGUAUUUCGAUGACGAGUUCACUGCCCAAUCCAUCACCAUCACCCCACCGGAUCGCUAUGACAACAUGGGCUCCCUGGAGAAUGACCAGCGGACGCACUUCCCCCAGUUCUCCUACUCCGCCAGCAUACGGGAGUAACCAGUAGCAGCAGGAUUCAGCCUCCGAGGAGGGUUUGGGGGUUCACUCAUGGCGGGGGGGAUUUUUCUUCCGUGCCUGGCAGAAGGGGGGCAGGAAGCUGCGGCUCACCAGCGUUGUGCCGCAGCACCUUUCAGAAGCCAUACCCCUACAAAGUGCUCUUGCUCUAUGGCUCCCACUGGCACCAAGCCGUGCCUCCUGCCCCUAGCCUAGGACUGCUUUGAUUUUUAUUAUUAUUAUUUUUAUUUUUUAAACUCCUAGAAGUGCUCGCAGCUUUUUAAACCAACCCCCACUUCCCCACAACUGUGGCCUUGACCCCCCCGAAGCUCAGCCAGCCCUCCACCCAGUAAAACCCACGGCUCCCAGUUGGGGAGAAGCCGUUUUGACAGCAGUAGGGAGGGGAAAAAAACCCCCAUGGCCGGGAUCCAAUGCUGGCUGCCCGGAGGAGGGGGGAACAAUAGGGCAGGACCCCCCCCCCCCCCCGAGACCGUGGUGUGCAUGUCUUAGCCCCUCAAAUCCUCCCACCUCUGCUUUGAACUGAACCUGCAGUGACCGAAAACCACCAGUAUCCCUGGAUCGGCGCCUUGGCAGAGGGGAGUGCCUCGACCCUGCGGCCGGCCAGCGUGGCCCUAAGGAAAAUGCGAUCCUAAAAGCAAUAGUUUGGCUUCUCCGGUGCCUUAAAGCCAGGAGGCGCAGUGAUGCCGGGCUCAGUGACACCGGCCACAUCCUCCACCAUCCUCAGUGGAUGAUGGCGUCGCCAGAGUUGUUGCAGAGGGACAGGGCUUCUUGCCACCGCACCAGCAGCUUGGCAACCCUGGCUGCCAGUGUCGGGACUGGGUUUAUUCUGGCAUGCACCGUUGAUCCACACCCAACAUGCUCCGUGGAUGCCUUUCUGUAGAGGCCACUGUCACCGGGGCUGUUGGCUGCAGACCCGGCUGGCAUGGCACAACACCGGUGGGACCCGGCGGUUGGGGAGCAUCACCUUCACCACAGUGCCCGCACCAACAAGCCAGGCCAGUGACAAGCUGGACUUGCCACCUGGUGUCUCCUGGCGCAGCUGACACCAGGGCCACAGUUUGGAGGUAGGAAUUUGGUGCCUGGUACCGCUUCCCUGCAGGGAGGAACUGAGAAAAGUUGCUGUUUCUUUCUUGGUUCCUAGUUGCCCAAAUUCAGUUGAAUUAAUUUAAAAAUACCAGAGCUGGGCGGGGGGAAUGAGACCCCCUCAACAAGGUGGCAGUGGCCCGGCAUCCCGGGCGCAGCAGCCAGCUGGCAGCUCUCACCUGCCCUUGUAUUUGUACGGUACAAGCAAUAAAAUGGGGGGUUGUUUUUUU